GUUUCUAUUGCCGUCCUCUGUUGAAGUAGAAAAGAAGAAAAAAACAUUCAAAUUUUCGGCUAUCAAUUUAUUUACGAAUCGAUCAAGCUUGGACAAGUGAUUCAGCAACAGCUGCUUCGGGUAGCUAGCACGGUCAACUAUUGAACAUUACUAAGCUUUGAGUGAAGAUUUUUACUGCUAAAAGCAUGGCCGACGUGCGAUUCAUAUCCAGCAGUAUAGUCCAGGCAGCAAAUCACAGUGCAUCGAGUGAGAGGAUUGAGCUAACUCCAUGGGAUCUUAGGUUCCUUCAGAUCGGGCAUAUUCAAAAGGGACUUCUUUUUCCCAAGCCUAAAGCACCUCUGCAGGAGAAUGACACUGAAAACACCCUCAUCCAUCACUUGAAAACCUCUCUCUCGCACACUCUACGCUACUUUCCACCCCUUGCAGGUCGACUGGCAACCACCCAACAUGAAGAUGACACCAUUUCCUUUUUUAUUGACUGCAACAACGCUGGAGCUUCGUUUACGCAUGCAGUAGCUGAUGGAGUCACCAUUUCUGACAUCAUUAAACCUGUUUAUGUUCCUACUAUCAUUCACUCCUUUUUCCCACUGAACGGGCUCGCAAACUUUGAGGGUACUAGGAACCCGGUACUUGGAAUACAAGUAACAGAUCUUGCAGAUGGUAUAUUCAUUGGUUGCACCAUCAAUCAUGUUGUGGUGGAUGGGACAUCAUUCUGGCAUUUCUUGAAUUCAUGGUCAGAAAUUUCCAAGGGUUCGAUUCACUUAUCCAAGCCCCCUGUUUUUCAACGCUGGUUUCCUGAUGAUACAGAUAUCCCCAUUCGCAUUCCUCGAUCUGCAGUCAAACUUAAACAAAGCAACGAAGAGUUGGAGUCCAUUCUACCUGGUUUAAAGGAACGAGUUUUCCAUUUCUCGAAAGAGAACAUUGCAAAACUCAAGGCAAAAGCUAACACUGAGAUGGGCACCAACAUCUCUUCUCUGCAAGCUCUGUUGUCUCAUAUUUGGCGAUCAGUUAUCCGCAAUAAAAGAUUUGAUCCUAAUGAAGAGACCACUUACCGUGUUGUAGUCGGUGUUAGACCAAGAUUGCCGGAACUGCCUGAUAAUUAUUUCGGCAAUGCAAUAUUGGGCGUGCUUGUAACUAUGAAAGCAAAGGAACUAUUAGAACAAGGAACCGGAAAUGCGGCCUGGACAAUGAACAGAAAAAUCGCUACAGUGACCGAAGAAAGUUCCAAAAUGUUCUUCGAGUCUUGGACAGCAAGCCCAAAAUUUGUAACUAUGAUCACUUUCAAAAGCAAUGGUCUGACCACAAGCAGUUCCCCUCGAUUCAAUAUGUAUGGUAAUGAUUUUGGAUGGGGAAAGCCGAUUGCAGUAAGAUCCGGGUCAGGAAACAAAUUUGAGGGAAAGACUACACUGUUUUGUGGAGCAGAAGAAGGAAGUAUUGACAUUGAAGUGUGCCUUUUUCCGGAGACGAUGGAGGCUUUGGCAAUUGAUGAAGAGAUCAUGGAUGCCGUAACUUUGUAAGACUAAAUUGAUGGCAGUUGGUUGAAUAUUGUUCUUUAUUCGAUUCCAGUGAAAUUGGGUGGGACAUGAAUUUAACAUUAUGGUCGGUUGAAGUGAAUGGAAUAUGGCCGUAAUAGAUAAUUAAUAAUUUAAUUGUUUGUUUGGUUCAAUAGGAUAUAAUGGAGUUGUAAUAGUGUUAUUGUGUUUAGUUGAAUGGAAUACAUGCCGUAAUAGUAUAAGGAAAAAUGCUUAAAUAAGCAAAGUACCCUUAACAAAAA